AUGGCGCCUGCAUAUGGGCACCUGCUGCUCCCCAAAAUGUGGAGAGCAGCAAGGUUUGCCUACAUGAAGGCCUACAAGGCUAUAAGAGCCAAAUUACCAGAACCUACUCAAGAAGCCGUGCUUCGCUAUCAACCGGCCUACGCUCGCAUUAACACUCAGCAACCCAUCAAUCGCGUCGCCGCUAUCCGUCAGGCUCGUAGCCGUCACUUCUCGACCCGCGCAGCCGGCGCCUUCGUCACCGCGCUUCGAUCUGGAGCCCAAGCAGAUGUCGGCGCUUACAAGACCACCCGUGUCGCUUUCAACAUCAGUCGACUUACGAGCCGCGCUCCCUUCGCAUCUACGCUUCGUCCGAACCUGACUGGUGGCACUCUUGGUCGUACCGCUAGUGGAUAUGCCUUUGGAGCUGGUCGUUUUGGGGGAGCUCGUUAUUUCUCCCAUGGUCCUGCAGCCCCAGCCCAGGUGAUACAAAAUGUUUCUCAGGGCGUGCGAGCUUUCUUCCUUUCUGGCCAGAAAGUUCGUUUCGAUGGAAUUGAUCCCCGCACUGGCGAGAAACGUUACAAAGCCGUCACUGCUCUCCAGGAUCAAGCCGGGCGCAAGAUGACCGCUGUCCCUCACACUGCCCCGGGCUCGCACAUCGACUUCCAGCUCUCCCCGACCAUCACUGCUUUCGGUGCUCUAGCCGCCUUGAACAAGGAAGCCGGAGUUCCCGCCGAAGCUACCCUGAACUCCGACGGUCUCGUCGAUAUGCUCUCUGGCGACUUUGCUCGCUCUCUCAAGGAGUUUUCCAUCGUUCUCAAUGAUCUCAAGCGGCUUUCAGCUCUGGGUGACCUCCCGGUAACUCUUCACGAUCGAUCCACUAUUCGUGUGGGAUUCCCGGGCUGCGACGCAGAGACCGUGGAACACCUUUGCGAUGAAAUUGGAAUACAGCGGGGACGUAUUACGCAAGACGAAGAUUUCGCCCUCCGCAAUGGCGCUGAUUUGGCGUUGAUUUUCCCAUUUGCAUCCAGUGUGGCCCCUUCCUCGGAAACAGAUUACUUCUUCGAGCCUGCCUCGAAGGAGCAGCCCAAAUAUUCUGAUGACCUUGAUUGGCGUCAUAUGCUUACACCGGAGAUGGGUAGCCCGUUCAACCCGGACUCUGGCCCGGACUCCGGUAAUGCGAUUAGCUUUGAGGAUGGCGAGUUAUUCGGCAACAACCCUUGGACAUCAUCGCCGAAAUCCGCCUACUCGAGUAUCAACAUUAGCGAGCUUGGAGAUCGUACCUACUUCUCAGAGGUUCCCAGCGCUGGUCAGCAGGAGAGCCCGUCCGAGUACGAUGGUGCUGAAGGGAUCUACAGAUUCUUGGCCGAGUGCGAUCACGUACGACGUUGA